AGCAGCAUGGAGCCCGCGGGCCCAGCUGCCGAGAAUCCCUUCGGAGACGGCAGGAGCAUUGUCCCGCGCACGCCAGCCUCCGGCGCCGGCCAGAAAGGCAGCUGCUGGAUCCGCCGGCUGAUCCCGUCCAACUUCUGGGAAGAGGCGAAGAAGCUGCUGGUGCUGGGGGCGCCACUGACCUUGAUCCAGUUGCUGAUCUUUAUGAUCCACAUUGUGAGCUCUAUAUUCUGUGGCCAUCUGGGGAAGGUCGAGUUGGCCUCCGUCAUACUUGCUAUCGCUAUUAUAAAUGUGACUGGCAUCUCUGUGGGGGUUGGUUUAUCUUCAGCAUGUGACACGUUAAUAUCCCAGACGUACGGCGGUAAGAACAUGAAGCGGGUGGGGACCAUCCUGCAGCAGGGGAUCCUCAUCCUGCUGCUCUGCUGCUUCCCCUGCUGGGCCGUCUUCAUCAACACCGAGCAGAUCCUGCUGCUCUUCAGGCAGGACCCGGAGGUCUCCAGGUUAACCCAGGAAUAUGUGAUGAUUUUUAUCCCAGCUCUUCCCGCUGCUUUUCUGUACCAGCUGGAGACCAGAUACUUGCAGAAUCAGAGGAUAAUCUGGCCCGAAGUGCUCAGUGGCAUUUUUGGAAAUAUCAUCAAUGCAAUUGUCAACUACGUCUUCCUCCACGUGCUGGACCUCGGCGUCAUGGGUUCUGCCUGGGCAAACACCAUUGCUCAAUACGCGCAAGCCAUCUUCCUGCUCCUGUACAUCGUGGCCAAGAAGCUCCACGUGGAGACUUGGGGAGGCUGGUCCCGUGACUGUCUCCAGGAGUGGGACACCUUCAUGGCUCUGGCUGUGCCCAGCAUGCUCAUGAUAUGCAUCGAGUGGUGGACCUACGAAAUCGGAAGCUUCCUGAUAGGCCUGCUGAGCGUGCUGGACCUUUCUGCACAAUCCAUCAUUUACGAGGUGGCCAUUGUGUCGUACAUGGUUCACUAUGGACUCAGCAUAUCUGUCAGCGUUCUGGUGGGGAACGCGCUGGGCGCUGGGGACACAGAGGCAGCCAAGAGAUCUUCCAUCACCAGCCUACUGUGCACAGGGGGGCUUUGCCUGGUGAUAGGUGUCAUUUUGGCAGCCACGAAGGACGUGCUGGGUUACAUAUUCACCAGCGACAGAGAGAUCAUCGCCCUGGUGGGGAAGGUGAUGCCGGUCUAUGUGGCCGUCCACCUGUUCGAAGCCGGCUGCUGCGUAACCAGCGGCGUGCUGAGAGGGGCUGGGAAGCAGAAGGUCGGCGCCAUCUUGAAUGCUGUUGGCUACUACGCUGUGGGCCUGCCCGUGGGAGCCACGCUGCUCUUCAUGACCAAUAUUGGGAUGAUAGGCCUCUGGAUCGGCUUACUGAUCAGCGCCAUCAUCCCGUCCUGCUGCUCCGUCAUCUACAUCGGGCGGCUCAACUGGGACAAGGUCUCCGAGGAGGCACGGCAACGGGCGGGGGUGAGCCAGCUGGCCGGCGAGGAUUUGAACUCCGCUCCUGUCCCAUGCAAGCUGGUGCUUGCCUCGAGGGAAGCAGACGCCCAGAACGGUGUUGUUCUGACAAGCAUCACUAGGAACCAGGGCCAGCCGUACCAGCAAACGUUCCAGGAAGCCAUGCCUGCCCUGACCCCGGUGGGCAAAAUGCUGUCUGUGAAGCAGCUGAUCAUUUGGCGUGGGCUGGCUGUCACCGCGGCUGUUGUCGUCCUUGCAGCAGGCAUUCUCGUAAGGGUCAUGACUCUCCACCGCUGACAUCCAGCCAAUGACCCCAGGGUAAAGGGUAGGAGACCUCGGCUGGGUCUGCGGUCACAGCAAGAGAGAAGAGCCUGUGUUAGCCAAAGACGAACUGCCCCGCGCUGAGAGUUGCUCUACAUGGUGCCUUUGGGAAUGGUCACAGGCUGCUAUGGGACUCUCACCCUCCAGCUGGCUGAACAGGCUGGAAAGACUUUGGUCGACUCUCCUCACUCUACCCGCAGCAGCGAUUAAGAAAUUCAGCUGCAAGCAGCGGUGGUAAUCACCACAUUGAACUUUCAUUGCCUGUGAUAAGAUAGCAGCAGCAGUUGCUUUUCUGUGUACAGCACUGCGGGCCUGGUGAUUAAAUGGCCUUAUUUUUAACGGUGAAUAAACUCCUAAAGCUGCCAGUUCGGGUAGGAGGGAUUGCAGUAGCUCCUCUGGUUUGAUUCGCGGCUGUGGCAGAGAGAACCCCAGAGCCCUAGAAGCUGCGACAGCGGCAUAGCUGCCGUAGAACUCCGGGCCUUGGGGAGGGGGAGAACGCUGACUGCAGAACAGCUUUCCAAAGCAGUUUGUAUUAGCAUCAA